AUCUCCCACUUCAUAUAGGCAUUGCUAGCAUCUUCCCUUCACCCCACCCACAAUUUUCCUUCUCAAUUAAGCUCCGGUUACCGAGAAAAUGGGCGGUCCUGCUGUGAGGAUGCCGACCUUCUGUCUGAAUAGGAUGAAGCCACGGGCCAGAGUUCGAUCUCCCACAACACAAACCAAACCAGACCUUAAACCUUCGAAGGUGGUCGACAACGAGAACGAUUGUUGCGGUUUGGAUGUCGAGGCGGCAGAGAAAGGAGGCGACGGCUGUGAUGUGACAAAGACGAUUGGGAGGAGAAUCAUGAUUGUGGUUGAUUCGAGUAUGGAGGCAAAAGGGGCUGUGAAUUGGGCAUUGACUCACACUAUCCAGAGUCAAGAUACAGUUAUCUUAAUCCAUGUCUCCAAGCCUUCCAAACGCCAAGGUGAUGAGAUUGGCCCACGGAUGCCUCAAUUUCUUCAAUCUAUGAAGAAUAUGUGCCAGCUGAAGAGACCUGAGGUCCAAUUCGAGGCCACGGUUACUAAAUCGACUGACAAAGGUCCAACCAUAGUGGAGCAAGCGAAAAAGCUAGGCGUGGACCUACUAGUACUAGGUCAAAAGAAGCGAUCCACCACAUGGAGGUUGUUGCUGAUGUGGAUGGGUAAUCGGGCAGGGGUAGCGGCAGCUGGCGGAGGCGGUGGAGGAGGAGCAAUGGUGGAAUAUUGUAUCCAAAAUGCCACUUGCAUGGCCAUAGCAGUGAGGAGGAAAAGCAAAAAAGCUGGUGGUUACUUGAUCACAACAAAGCGCCACAAAGAUUUUUGGCUCUUGGCUUGACAACACUGUUUAGGAAAUAAUAAUUAUUGAUUGUGGGUUAUAAUUUUAUGUGAUUAUAUGAUGGAGAAAUGUUGAGGCUAUUUUAUUUUUAUUAUAGACAUGAUGUGAUUGGUGGGCUAUUGUGUUAUUUGUACAUAAUAGUAAUUAUUAGUGAACAUUGGCAUUUAGAAUGUGGAUUGAUUAUUGAGGAGUGAAUUGAGAAUUAUAAUAAUAUUUAACCAAAGUUUGUUAACUGU